AUGGCGACGGCGGGGAGCCGGACCUCGUCGUCGGGAUUGUUAGAGUUGAAUCACGGCGCUAACGGUGGAAGCGGACCUCAGGGAAGUUCUCCUACCACAGGUCUCUCAAGCAGUCCUGGAAAGCCGAAAAGAACUACCGGGGAAAACGCGCAAUGGAGACGGAAAGAGCUGCGGAAAGUGAGGAGUGUUGAUCUGGACAAACCUGAGGCGCUGCUCCUAUCUCCCGAGACCGGGACAGCUCCAAUAUCAGCGCAACUGCACUUCUUGUCCGUCUCUUCGCCUGGUGCUGUCCAGUCUACUUUGUUACAGCAAGCUCAUCAUAUUCAACAAAGCAAUUCAUUAACUGAACAUACUUUUGUUGAUAAACCAAGCAAUAGUUUGGCAUCAGCCGCUCAGGAAUUGUUGAAAACUUCUUUUAAAAACAGCAGCGACCAUCUCAGCGUUGACAAUGGUGCUUCUGCAACUUCUAUAGAUGUGAAUGCUUCGCAAAAUAGUCGUGAUAUGGAGAGUAAGGACACUCUGCGGGGCCUGCAGAAGAUGGAGGACCGCCCGGAGGAGCGUAUGAUCAGAGAAAAACUCAAGCUCACCUGCAUGCCAGCCUGGAAAAAUGAAUGGCUAGAGAGAAAGAACCGCAAAGGACCUUUGGUGGUGAAGCCCAUCCCUCUGAGACCGGAUGGGAGCGAGGCAGGUCGACAGGGGGCAGAGGCUAGCAGCGACAGUCAAUCCAGCUCUUCCUCUCAGAGCAGGGGCCGUCGCAGCCCCUCCCCUGGAACCUGCUCCUCUUCAUCUAGCAAAACAGGCGGAAAACCUGAGUCGCCCGGUGUUCGCAGGAAAGGGGCAUCCCCAGUUCCUUUUCAGAGUGGCAGAGUAACACCACCCCGAAGAGCUCCCUCCCCAGAUGGUUUCUCACCCUACAGUCCAGAGGAGACCAACCGCAGGGUCAGUAAGGUCAUGAGAGCCCGCCUCUAUCUUCUGCAGCAAAUAGGACCCAACUCUUUCCUAAUUGGCGGAGAUAGCCCUGAUAACAAAUACAGGGUGUUUAUUGGUCCUCAGACCUGCAGCUGUGGUCGAGGAGCCUUCUGCAUACAUGUUCUCUUCGUCAUGUUACGAGUCUUCCAGCUAGAGCCCUCCGACCCUCUGUUGUGGAGAAAGACCCUCAAAAACUUUGAGGUGGAGAGCUUGUUUCAGAAGUACCACAACCGACGGAGCUCUCGAAUCAAGGCUCCCUCUCGGAACACCAUCCAGAAAUUUGUGUCACGCAUGUCCAACUCUCAUGUUUCCUGCACCUCCAGUACCUCCCCCUCCAGUACCGAGAGCAGUAUGAAGGAUGAGGAGGAGCAAAUGUGUCCCAUUUGUCUGUUGGACAUGCUGGAUGAAGAGAGUCUGACGGUGUGUGAAGAGGGCUGCAGAAACAAACUGCACCACCACUGCAUGUCCAUCUGGGCAGAGGAAUGCAGGAGGAACCGUGAAGCCUUAAUUUGCCCUCUUUGCAGAGCCAAAUGGAAGUCCCAUGAUUUUCAAAGUCAUGAGCUAGCAUCCGUGGUAGACAGCUCCUCUGGCCGCCCUCAGACUCAAGCCUCCUCCUCCUCCUCUGCCUCAUCUCAUUGUGAGGGCUCCAGACAGACCCAGGAUGGAGACUUCACCCUGCCCCACUACAGCAUACAGCAGAUCCCUCAGACUUACAAAGAGCUGGCUGAGCCAUGGAUCAAGGUAUUUGGAAUGGAGUUGGUAGGCUGCCUCUUCUCCAGAAACUGGAACAUCAGAGAGAUGGCCCUGCGCCGUUUGUCCCACGACGUGAGUGGGGCUCUGCUGCUGGCCAAUGGCGAGCGCUCGUUGGUGGGUGCAGGGCUGGGCGCAACGGGAGGCUGUGGGGAGAUCUCUGGAGAUGUGGUUGUGGAAUCUUGCUGCAGUGUGCUCUCCAUGGUCUGUGCGGACCCUGUCUACAAAGUCUACGUGGCUGCCUUGAAAACUCUGCGUGCCAUGCUGGUCUACACACCUUGCCACACUCUGUCUGAGCGCUCCCGCCUUCAGCAGCUCCUGCGGCCUGUAGUGGAGACCAUCCUGGUGAAGUGUGCAGAUGCCAACAGUCGCACAAGUCAGUUGUCUGUGUCCACUCUACUGGAGCUGUGUAAAGGUCAGGUUGGAGAACUGGCUGUGGGCAGAGAAAUUCUCAAAGCAGGGUCUAUUGGAAUAGGUGGAGUGGACUAUGUCCUGAACUGUAUACUGGGAUCACAGACAGAGGCCAAUAACUGGCAGGCUCUGCUGGGUCGUCUGUGUCUGAUUGACCGACUCCUGCUGGAAUUCCCCGCUGAGUUCUACCCACACAUAGUCUCAGCUGGAGACUGCUGCCAAUCCCAGAACCUGGUGGAGAGAUAUCAGAAGCUCUUGCCACUUCUGAGCUUUGCGCUGCAGUCGAUUGAUAAUUCCCACUCCAUGGUGGGCAAACUGUCACGCCGUGUCUUCCUAAGCGCUGCCCGUAUGGUGGCUCGUGUGCCACAUGUCUUCGUCAAGCUGCUGGAUAUGCUGAGCAUCACCAGCUCCACUCAUUAUGCCCGCAUGCGCCGCCGUCUGCUGGCCAUCGCUGAGGAGAUGGACAUCCUGGACGCCAUCCAUCUGGGUCUGGAGAACAUGCAGACAGGCCCAAGCCCGCACUCCGAGGCCUUCAUGGAGCCCCCGGCCCCACAUAACUCCCCCAACACCACAGAGAGGAACUCGCCCACACAUGUCCUGCAGACGGCAAGUAAAGUUGCAGCUCGAGGGCAGGCUGGCUCCAGGCCUGCGGCGAAUGCCGAUGACAUCACAGAGAGACUUGCAGCCAUUACCACGGCCACCGCGUCCUCCACUGAGUGUCCAAAGCCCCCGGUUCAGGCACGCAGCCGACCCCUUAGCCAAUGUCUGAACUCUCCCACUUGCUCGACUUCUUCCUCCUCCAGUCAUCCACGAGGCCCGCCCUCUUCCUUCACCUCCCAUGCCCCUCCCCUCCCCCCAGACAAUCCCAAACCCAGACCACAGAAUUUCAUACCCAGCAAACUGUCCACCUCCUCCCCCAGCACCCAGCGUAAGUUGCCCAUUCAAAAGGGUGCCGGUGGAGGUAGUAGUAACGAUCCAGAGAAGUUGCCCUCCCCCAUGUUCACCCAGACCCGGCCUCUACCUUCCAGCCAGGUUCACCGCCCCAAACCUUCACGACCCUCCCCUCCGCCGUCCUCCUCCUCCUCCUCUGAAAGUGCCAAAGCGUCAUGCCAAGGUGCUAAGAGCGCCAUGAAGCUGGACCUGCAGGCGGGCGCUCCCACCGAUAACGGUAACUGUUGUAGUGGGUCAGCUCUUAUUCCCAGUGAGGACACGGUCUUCACACCAGUCGAGGAUAAGUUCCGUGGCCUGGAUGCCUCGGCCGAGCUGAACUCCAGCAUGGAAGAUCUUUUGGAGGCAUCCAUGCCAGCCGGUGACAACGCCGUAACCUUCCAGUCUGAGGUGGCGGUGCUGUCACCUGAACAGCCCGGCACAGAGGAUGACACGUACACAGAGGACGUAACGCAGAAUCAGAAGUGCAAGGAGAAGAUGGAAGCAGAAGAGGAGGAGGCGUUAGCCAUCGUCAUGGCGAUGUCUGAGUCACAGGACGCCCUGCCUGUUAUCCCACAGCUGCAGGUGGACAAAGGAGAGGACGUUAUCAUUAUCCAGGUGGAUACUCCAGAGACUCUACCUGGUCAUACCAAAGCCAAGCAACCUUACAGAGAGGGAGCAGAGUGGCUGAAGGGCCAGCAGAUUGGUCUGGGAGCUUUCUCUUCCUGCUAUCAGGCUCAGGACGUGGGCACUGGCACUCUCAUGGCUGUCAAACAGGUGACGUACGUGCGGAACACCUCAUCAGAGCAGGAGGAGGUGGUGGAGGCUCUGAGGGAGGAGAUCCGUAUGAUGAGCCACCUCAACCACCCCAACAUCAUCCGCAUGCUGGGAGCUACCUGUGAGAAAAACAACUACAACUUGUUUGUGGAGUGGAUGGCAGGUGGUUCUGUGUCUCAUCUGCUGAAUAAGUAUGGGGCCUUUAAGGAGGCCGUCAUCAUCAACUACACUGAGCAGCUCCUCCGUGGCCUGGCCUACCUCCAUGAGAACCAGAUCAUCCACCGUGACAUCAAAGGUGCCAACCUACUAAUUGACAGCACAGGGCAGAGGCUCCGGAUUGCUGAUUUUGGGGCGGCUGCCAGGCUGGCUUCCAAGGGCACGGGUGCCGGAGAGUUCCAGGGCCAGCUCCUGGGAACCAUUGCCUUCAUGGCACCAGAGGUGCUGAGGGGGCAGCAGUAUGGGCGUAGUUGUGAUGUGUGGAGUGUAGGCUGUGCCAUCAUAGAGAUGUCCUGUGCCAAGCCACCAUGGAAUGCAGAGAAACACUCCAACCAUUUGGCUCUAAUAUUCAAGAUUGCCAGUGCCACCACCGCACCCACCAUCCCUCCCCACCUGUCCCCGGGUCUGCGGGACGUCACGCUGCGCUGCCUGGAGCUUCAGCCAACCGACCGCCCGCCCUCCAGAGAGCUUCUCAAACACCCCAUCUUCCGCCUCAGCUGGUAGAGGUUUUCCUCUGAGAACCGAGCGCCAGUGCCAUCUUACUACUGAAGGCCCAGACGGCCUGCAUCUCUCUCUCUCUCUCACUACUGCGCUGGUCAUCAGCCCUCACACAUGCAUGCACGCUGUAGGGGCAAGAUUACCUGUUAGCCUUGG